CUUUACACAUGCGCAGUGUCGACCCCCAGAAAGCCCUUUUUAUGCCUUGUGUUGAACGACUAGCAUCAAACGAGCGUCAAGAUGCAGCUCUUCCUACGUGCCCAAAACACACACACCCUUGAGGUCACCGGACAGGAGACUGUCAGAGACAUCAAGACUCAUGUUCAGGCACUUGAGGGUCUCCUGGUCGAGGACCAGGUGCUGCUGCUUGCAGGUUGCCCGCUGGAGGAUGAAUCCUCUCUGGUGUCCUGUGGCAUAUCUGAACACUGCACCUUGGAUGUAGCUGGCAGGCUGCUGGGAGGUAAGGUCCACGGAUCUCUGGCCCGUGCUGGAAAAGUGAGGGGACAGACACCCAAGGUUGACAAGCAGGAAAAGAAGAAGAAGAAGACUGGCCGUGCUAAGCGUCGUAUUCAGUACAACAGGCGCUUUGUGAAUGUGGUGCCCACCUUUGGCAAGAAGAAGGGACCCAAUGCCAACUCCUAAGUGCUUGAGUGUCCCAGAGGAGAAACUUUACCAUCAUAUCUCACCAGUUUUUACCAAGUGAUACAUAUAUUUCUCCUGCACAGAAUAAAGACUAUACUUGGGGAA